UUUCGAGGAGCGAGGAUUGAAGUGUACCGAAUGCGGCCAAAUCUUCGCCAAAAGUCUUGCCUUAAAAAAUCAUUUGAUGGUCAAACAUAGUCUAUAACCUGAUUAUUACGAAAAGUAUGCGAACAAUAAUCAUUUCAAGGCACAAACCGGACCGUAGCGUGGACGUGAAAGUCGUAAGAAAUGGUAACAUAGACCGCCGCCAGGAUGGGCCGAAUGAGAUUAAGAAAAAUUUACAAAAUUUGCAGACCGUUUUACUUAACUCGAAUGCGAACCCGAUACGAGGCAGAGACACCUUCGGCUACGGCUGCGCCUUCUGCUCCGACCAAUACCAGGACGCGAAAAAUUUAAAAAAACAUUUUCUCAACGAACACAACAGCGAUAAGUUAAUAAAGUUAAUGUCCGAGAAACUCGUCGAACAUGUCGUCAAACUCGAUAUAACGUUUUUAAAUUGUGCCCUUUGCGAUAAGGAUCUAUCGUCGCUAGAAGAUCUGAUGAUGCACCUCAAAAACGAUCACCACAAAGAAAUAUUUACCGACGUGAGAUCUUCGAUAGUUCCUUUCAAGUUCGAUUCCCCGGAGUUGAGGUGUGCGGUUUGUACGGUAGAGUACUCGAGCUUCAAACAAUUGCAGGAGCACAUGAGUUUACACUACGGUAAUCAUAUCUGCACCGUUUGCGCUCGGGCGUUCAUGACUCACAAGCUUCUUCAGGUGCAUCUGAGAAGACAUAAGACGGAUGAAGUUCAGUGCAGUCAGUGCGACAAGACAUUCUCAAAUCCCGAAAAACUACGCGGCCACGAAAAACGAAUUCACCUCGGGAUGGGGAAAAGAAACAAGUGCUCCGUUUGUGACGAGCGUUUCCUAGAUUAUUGGAAGAAAGUGGAUCACAUGGUGAAGGUCCACGGCGCACCGCCGGUAGUAUUAAAGUGUCAAGCGUGCGACCGGACGUUCGACAACCAGCGCGCUCUAACUAGUCACACAAAAAAGGAUCAUUUAUUGGAAAGAAAACAUAAAUGUGCCGAGUGUGAUAUGAGGUUCUUCAGUAAAAGCAACUUGACGAGACACAUGGCGAAGCACACGGGGACCAGACAGUACAGGUGCGAUGUUUGCUUCAAAGCAUACGGAAGGAAACAUACUUUACGGGAGCAUAUGAGGAUACACAAUGACGAUCGACGAUUCGCCUGCUCUCACUGUGGUCAAGCUUUUGUUCAGAAAUGUUCCUGGAGGAGUCAUAUGCGUUCGAAGCAUGGAGAAGAAGUGUAGUUUGCGUCACUCGGAUGUCGCUGCGUUACUGAAAAUGUUGUCCGACCAGAAACAAGCCAACUAGGUGUGCCUAGUGAUGCUGCUAGUGCUGGUUGGCUUUGGGCGCUAACUGUUUCCACAACUGUCGGAUGCAACAGCCGCUGCCGCGCUGCUUUUGAACAUGAUAAUACAUAAAUGUAAAUCCAUACCAUUUUAUUAUACAGAGUCAUUU